CUCCCCCAAACCCUUCCCACCCCGUUGUCGCCGAGGAGGACCUCGCCGUCCCUCACGAGGCGCCGCUCGGGCCUGGACGCGGUGGUACCCGGAUGUGGAGCCGCUCUCGCCCGGCGGGGACUCGGUGGCGGGGCGGAGCGCGGCGGCGUGCGCGGGGGCUGAGGGAAGCGGGCUCCGGGGCCCCGGCGCCGGCCGCUCGCCGGCCGCUAGCGCCGCUGUCCAUCGCGGAGCCGGCUCCCGGGCGCCCAGGCCCGAGUGAGCGGCCGGGGGCCGCCGAGGGCCGGCGGCUUGCCUGGCCUCCCGCCGCGCUCGCCGCCGCGCCCGGGCGAGCCUCCCCCGGCCCUCCGCGCUCCCGGCCGGGGGAGAGCGAGGUUUGCUGGCGGCCGUCGCUGUAGCCCGGCCGGGGAGUCCGGGGCAAGCGGCAGAGUCCCCGCCCACGGCCGCUCGCCCUCGGCCUGCAAGCCGCCGCCUGCGAGCCUCGGCGGGCGGGCCUCCAGUCGGAGCGGGGGCCGCGACGGCCACGGCCCGGCCCGGGCGGAGGGCUCCUCGGGGACCGCGCGGUCGCCGCCCCGGUGAGUCGGCCCCACGGCCCGCGGGGCUCGCUGCCGCCCCCGCCGGCGUCCCGAGUGCGGUCGGGGCCCAGCUCUCUCACGGCUCCCCCGCCGGCGGCGGCGCCCACCGUCCGGGCCCCAAUGAGUAACUCCCGCAACAACCGAGUGAUGGUGGAGGGGGUCGGCGCCCGCGUCGUGCGCGGCCCGGACUGGAAGUGGGGCAAGCAGGACGGCGGCGAGGGCCAUGUCGGCACCGUGCGUAGCUUCGAGAGCCCGGAGGAGGUGGUGGUGGUGUGGGACAACGGCACGGCCGCCAAUUACCGCUGCUCCGGGGCCUACGACCUGCGCAUCCUGGACAGCGCACCCACCGGCAUCAAGCAUGAUGGAACUAUGUGUGAUACCUGCCGCCAGCAACCGAUCAUUGGCAUCCGAUGGAAGUGUGCAGAGUGCACCAACUAUGAUCUGUGCACCGUGUGUUACCAUGGAGAUAAGCAUCACUUAAGGCAUCGCUUUUACAGGAUUACUACACCAGGAAGUGAACGGGUUCUGUUAGAGUCUCGUAGAAAAUCUAAGAAGAUUACAGCCAGAGGAAUCUUUGCUGGUGCCAGAGUGGUUCGAGGAGUGGACUGGCAGUGGGAAGAUCAGGAUGGAGGCAAUGGGCGUAGAGGAAAGGUAACAGAAAUCCAGGACUGGAGUGCAUCCAGCCCACACAGUGCAGCGUAUGUUCUCUGGGAUAACGGUGCUAAGAACCUUUACAGGGUUGGCUUUGAGGGCAUGUCUGAUCUCAAGUGUGUCCAGGAUGCCAAAGGAGGCUCUUUCUACAGAGAUCAUUGCCCUGUGCUGGGUGAGCAGAACGGCAACAGGAAUCCUGGUGGGUUGCAGAUUGGUGACCUGGUAAAUAUAGACCUUGAUCUAGAAAUUGUCCAGUCUCUGCAGCAUGGUCAUGGAGGAUGGACCGAUGGCAUGUUUGAGACUUUAACUACAACUGGAACUGUCUGCGGCAUUGAUGAAGAUCAUGACAUUGUAGUACAGUAUCCAAGUGGCAAUAGAUGGACCUUCAAUCCUGCCGUUCUCACUAAGGCAAACAUUGUCCGAAGUGGGGAUGCUGCACAGGGUGCAGAAGGAGGCACCUCACAGUUUCAAGUGGGUGAUCUUGUGCAAGUUUGCUAUGAUCUGGAAAGAAUUAAACUUCUCCAAAGAGGACAUGGUGAAUGGGCUGAAGCAAUGCUUCCGACUUUAGGUAAAGUUGGUAGAGUACAACAGAUUUAUUCAGACAGUGAUUUAAAAGUGGAAGUCUGUGGAACAUCUUGGACGUAUAACCCUGCAGCAGUUUCCAAGGUGGCGCCUGCAGGAUCGGCCAUCAGCAAUGCAUCUGGUGAAAGACUCUCCCAGCUUCUGAAGAAAUUAUUUGAAACCCAAGAGUCUGGUGACCUCAAUGAAGAGCUGGUUAAGGCCGCUGCCAAUGGAGACGUGGCUAAAGUGGAAGAUUUGCUGAAAAGACCAGAUGUGGAUGUAAAUGGACAGUGUGCUGGCCACACAGCAAUGCAAGCUGCCAGUCAAAAUGGACAUGUUGAUAUUUUGAAGUUACUUUUGAAACAAAAUGUUGAUGUUGAAGCAGAGGAUAAAGAUGGAGACCGAGCCGUUCACCAUGCAGCAUUUGGAGAUGAGGGUGCUGUCAUAGAAGUCCUACACCGAGGCAGUGCUGACCUGAAUGCUCGUAAUAAACGUAGACAGACACCUCUUCAUAUUGCUGUCAAUAAAGGUCAUCUUCAGGUUGUGAAGACUUUGUUAGACUUUGGUUGUCAUCCCAGUCUCCAGGAUUCUGAAGGUGACACCCCUCUCCAUGAUGCCAUAAGUAAGAAACGGGAUGACAUCCUGGCAGUUCUUCUGGAAGCUGGAGCAGAUGUGACCAUCACGAACAAUAAUGGGUUCAAUGCCCUGCAUCAUGCUGCACUGAGAGGGAAUCCCAGUGCAAUGCGUGUUUUACUCUCAAAAUUACCAAGACCAUGGAUUGUGGAUGAGAAGAAAGAUGACGGUUACACUGCCUUGCACCUGGCUGCCCUGAAUAAUCAUGUGGAAGUGGCUGAGCUGUUGGUGCAUCAGGGAAAUGCCAACCUGGACAUCCAGAACGUGAACCAGCAAACGGCCCUACACCUUGCUGUUGAGCGGCAGCACACCCAGAUCGUUAGGCUUUUGGUCCGUGCAGGUGCUAAGCUAGACAUUCAGGAUAAGGAUGGAGAUACUCCUCUGCAUGAAGCUUUGAGACAUCAUACUUUGUCUCAACUACGCCAGCUACAGGACAUGCAAGAUGUGGGCAAGGUAGAUGCUGCCUGGGAACCUUCAAAAAACACAUUAAUAAUGGGGCUUGGUACCCAGGGGGCCGAGAAGAAGAGUGCGGCAUCUAUUGCGUGUUUCCUGGCAGCCAAUGGUGCUGAUCUCAGCAUUCGAAAUAAGAAGGGUCAGUCACCACUGGAUCUCUGUCCUGACCCAAGUCUCUGCAAAGCUCUGGCAAAAUGUCAUAAGGAAAAAGUCAGUGGCCAAGUGGGUUCUCGGAGUCCUUCUAUGAUCAGCAACGAUUCUGAAACUCUAGAGGAGUGCAUGGUGUGUUCAGACAUGAAGAGAGACACGCUUUUUGGUCCAUGUGGACAUAUUGCGACGUGUUCUUUGUGUUCCCCUCGUGUCAAGAAAUGCCUCAUUUGUAAAGAACAGGUUCAGUCCAGGACAAAGAUUGAAGAAUGUGUGGUGUGCUCUGACAAGAAAGCAGCUGUUCUCUUUCAACCUUGUGGGCACAUGUGUGCUUGUGAGAACUGUGCCAGCCUGAUGAAAAAGUGUGUGCAGUGCCGGGCGGUGGUUGAGCGGAGGGUGCCUUUUAUCACAUGCUGCGGUGGCAAGAGCUCAGAAGACCCCUCUGAUGAGAUCUCAAGUGGGAAUAUCCCAGUGCUGCAGAAGGACAAAGACAACACCAAUGUUAAUGCAGAUGUGCAGAAACUGCAGCAGCAGCUUCAGGACAUUAAGGAGCAGACAAUGUGCCCUGUGUGCUUGGAUCGUCUGAAGAACAUGAUUUUCCUCUGUGGCCAUGGAACAUGCCAGCUCUGUGGAGACCGAAUGAGUGAAUGCCCAAUUUGUCGCAAGGCAAUUGAACGAAGGAUUCUUUUGUACUGAUUAAGAAACACAGAGUGUUUUGUUAGCUAAAGUAUGUGAUCAUGAGAUCUUAGUAGGUUCUAAAACUAGUUGGGAGUUUAAUCUAAUGGGUUGAUUUGUAAUUUCAUAAUUUCUUUAUUAGAAUGUAAUUAGACUAUAUAUGGACCACCAUCAGAACGAAAACAUACAGUGUUUGAAAUUGUGUGUGUGUGUGUGUGUGUGUGUGUGUGUGUGUUUGGAACAUCAAAUCCAUGGUAACGCAUAAAAAAUUUGCUUUUGGCUUUGAAGGGGAAAAUCCUUUAAGGGCCUCCUUUCAUACUUUCCUAUUGCAUUUUUCUUUUUUAAUAUGUACACACAUGUUAAACAUGGGCUUACAAGGUCAGUAUUCCAAAUGAUUAUCAUGAUUUCACAUGGUAAAAUGACACACUGUUCCAAAAAGUCAUACCGAAGGCGAGUGGGGCAAGUCAAACUAUGUCAUGUGUGCUUGGUGACAGAAUUAUAGUAGAGAUGCCUUCUGGCUAAGGCAGUACUGAAGGAAACCUUAUAUUUCAAGAUAACUUGAAGUUAUCCAAAUGAUUGUUUCAGUGAGUGAAAAUAUGGGGUAAGAAAAUAAUGACUUUACCUUCUUUUGUAGAAUUAAAAGGAAAAUUGACUAAUUUAAAUAAAUGAAUGAUUUCAAAAUCACCAGUAGACAUGAAAAGGCAAAGCAAAAUUCUAGUGAGAACUGAAGGCUAGCUCAAAAUGAUGCAAUCACACCUCUACCUGGUUGUCACUGCUUCAUUUCUUAUAUUAACUUUUCACUGUUUGUAUCAGCCAUUUGUAGAAAAAGAUCCCUGAAAAGUAAUUUCUGUUCUCCUAUGACCGCUGACCUGGGCUUGAUCUAAACCAUGUGUGCACACCAUCCUUUCUGUGUCUCUGAGGCCUCUUCAGCUGGGUGGUGCAUUGUUAGAGGCAGCAAUCUUUCCUGUAUGUCUGUUACUUCUGAUAGUGUUACAGAUUCUACCUUCAUCAGAAGCCUUACUUCUAGUCUAUAUUGGGUAGUAACUUUACUAUAAAGAACAUAGUUUUUCUUUAUACCUACAGAUGAACAUUCUCUAAACUGCCAACAUUAACUUAAGAUACAAUAAAUAGCUUAGUGUCAGAUACUUAGAAAAGGGUGCCAGGGCCUUUGUGGAAAAGCGUGGAAAGUACAUGUUGACUUGGUUAGGGGGCUAAGCAUUUUGUCUCCUUAAAUGAGUUAUCUUUGUAUCUAGCCUAAAUAUAAGCACAUUAAGUGUUUCGAGAUUCCUCACUGCUGGAUUAUAAAAAAAAAAAAACCAAAAAACCAAAAAACAAACAUACCAGUUAUUUACAAUAGUGUCUACUAUGUGCUGUGUAUAAGCAUGUACUCUUAAGGAUAGUGUUCUAAGAGUAGUUUCCCCUGCAUUUGAGUCUGGCUAGUUUGUGUCUGUUUUUUUUUUUUUUUUUUUUUCUUGCUGUAGCAACUAAAGUGGGAGAGCAGUGUGCCGCCUGGUUGUACUUGGUUGCUGGUGGGUGCUUCUGCACAGUGACUAGCUGGGCUGCUGGCUGCCUUGCACACUCAGCAGUUCCAUGGCUGUGUUCAGCUGAGUAGCUGCUUUGUUUCUCCUUUGUGUUUUUGAGAUAGUCUAUGUAUUCCAAGCUGACCUGGAACUUACUGUGUAGCUCAGGCUGGCCUCAUCCUUAUGAUCUUCCUGCCUCUGCCUUCCAAUUGUGGGAUUAUAGGAUGGGGAUCCCACCAUAUUUAACAACUGUUAAUCAUUUUGGAGGGUACAAUCUUUAUUAGUUUCAAAUUAGGAAUGUUCUAUUGUAAGGAAGCAAUGAGGCCAUUUUUUUCUAAGUAUAAUUUGAAGGGUUUUUUGUUUUUUAAAGAAACAUCUGAUGAUAUGAUGUUUACAUAAAGAGACAGACUAUCUUCUUGUAGACUUGGAAAGAGCAGAAAUGAGGAUCUUUUCUUCCUUGCCAUAGGCUGCCCAACUCUUUCCACUAGUCAUCAGGCAAAGAGGGAUGGCUGCUAUACAGUCUGCCAGCCCGAGCCCCUGUGCGCCAGACAGUGGCUGCAUCCCACUUCAUUCCUUUCUCUGCCUCCCAAGCUGCAGUGCGAAGUCUUAUCCUGUAAAGAUUCUGUCUGUCAAGGGAUAGACCUGACCAGCUCCACCAUCUCCUCCAUGCCGAGCACAGCACACUAGCUUAGGAGAGAGAAGCCAUCAAGUCUCUGUAGUGCUGGGGACUUACAGCUUCCUCUUUGUCACUUGGCCAUUUAUGUGUAUGCAUAUUAUGAACAGAUGCACCUCUGUUCAGUUCUUCGGGUAUCUAAAAUUAUUGUAAAUUUAUUUUGGGCUUACAGGAGACGGUAACACCAGGAAUUGAAUCAUGCCAGUGACUUCCUUCUGCACUCUGAAACUACUACCUCUUAGACUCUUUACAACACUCAGCCCCUUGGGGAUCUUUCCUUCUUGUUGCCCAAACCUCUUUUUCCUGUGCCUCAGAAGAAUUCUUACUUUUCCUUAGAAUUAUUUUUACAAUGACAUGCAUUCAUUUUUUAAAGUAUUGGACUUGGGCUAAUGAGGGGCAGGAGAGAAAGUCAGUGUCUUGGUGCACUCAGCGUUUACGCUGGAGUUUUGUCUGUGGACAACAGGGUGGGGUCCUGAGGCGGGUUAGCAUUCCUCGCUGUAUUUGAGGAGAGCUGUUGGGGGCAGUGUUGGAUUCCCUCUCUGUGCCCUUUGGCCCACCACAUUUUCUCCUUUAUUCACUAAGACCAUCAUGGGCUUUCUCACUCAGCACACACACAACUUACCAGACGCUGCUGCCACAGCUUCUCUUGUUCACAUAGUCUAACAUCCUUACCUGUGCUGUACACAUACAGAAUUUUAUUGGGAGCGGGGUUUUCAAGAGAAUAUAAUUUUAUAUUAGUGUAAGAAUAUUAUACUAGGCAAAUGUUUAGUUACCUGAAUUAUGCUUAAGGUAUUUGUAAUUUAAUAAUGGUAGGUUAACCAGAAGUCUACUGAAGUGUAAAAUUAACUGGAAAUAAUUCCUUAAAUUUAUAUUUUUGAUGACUUUAGCCUGAAAGAACAUUUUAUUUUAGAAUGUUGAAAAUGCAUGCUGCUUAAGAUUUGUCUCGUUCAAAAUUCAAACCUUGCUGGGUCAUUUUUACACAUGGGAGCAUCCUGGUAGUCAUGUAUUGCUUGAUGGAUGUUUUUUUGUUUGUUUUGAAUUCUGGACACUUUUGGAUGAGGAAUAGUUAAACUUGUCAACUAGGACAAGGCUGGGUGGAGGACAGCUGGCUUGGGGGGUUGGGGUUGCAACAAAUAGGAAACAAAAACAGUAAGCCCAGAGGAAAGGAGCACCUAUAGGGUUUGCCACAGUAUUAGCGGAGAGGGUGUAUUUAACUGAAACAUAAAAAGGGGUCUACAAGGUCAGUUCUUCAUAUGGCUUGUCAGUUGUUUUGUAAAUUACAGAUUUUAACACAACUUGCUCUUUUAAGGCCUAAAAGGAAGAAAACCGUUUAUCCUUUCAGAGUGUCUGAAAUGUUUAUAGUAAUAAUUUAUAUAAAAACACACUCACGGAUACAUUUAAAUUGCAGUGAGAACCACAUGUCAUAAGGUUCCUUGUCCUGACUGCUUCUAACCAUGCAGUUCAGAAGGGUCACUUUACUCUGUUUGCUGGAAAACAAGCCUAGAACUUUAUCCUGCACCCAUCAGAUGUUCCCUUCUCCCUUCCCCUGUGCAACAGGGUUCUGACUACUUCUAACACAGACACUAGAUUACCAACUAGAGUCGUCUGUUUGUGUUUGCAAGAUCUAAACCUAGGUAACCAUCAGGUUCCUGAGAUUUGAGGAAGGACAUCUCUCCCCUGCCAUAACUGCUAUUUUUUUACACGUAUGUUAAUUGAAAGUGUUUAUUAUUUCGUUAUGAGCCAGAGGGGGAAAACACAUUUUAAAUAUGGGAAAUAAGUUAGCUCUGGUUUUGUACUAUAUUGGAAAGGUAAUAGAUUUUCACAAGUAAUUUGUGCCUUGUUAUAAAUGUCAAUUGUCAUUGAGUCUACCUGUCAGUCAGAGAAUAGAUUUUUCUUUCAAAAUGGCAACCUAAUUUAGCUUGCUUGAAUAUUACAAUAGGAAUGCUUACUGAUACUACUUGAGAAUCAUGUAUAUCCUUUUGACUUACACAAACACACAUGCAGCAACAGUAUUGAUAAUUACAGUUGUAUGUUUUUAAACACUAAACGUGAGGAAGCUUUUUAAUGUUGUCUUGUGUGUGUGUGUGUUGCUUUACUGCAGUGAGGGAGAAAUCCUUUGCACCGAGCUUCGGUGGCUGAUAAGUGGCUAGCGGUGGGUAAAAGUACAAUAUAAAAAUAGGAGUGGAUAGUUAAUAAAGUGAAGUUGCUACCUUGGCAUUUUCUACCUCCUUUUCUACCAGAAUAGUGCUUUUCUUUCACCCGUCUAGCAUCUUGGCUUAUUUGUGGGAGAAAAGGAAACAACCUGAAGUUAGAUUUUCUUUUUUUGCAAAUUUAAGCAAUAGGUACAGAAAAGUGACCUGUCACAUGAAUUUGGUGCCUAAAUGCAAAGGUUUGAACUGAUAUGUACAACUGUCUAAGGAGGAGAGUAGUGCUGAGGGUUUGGACUGUCCUGUAUAGUUCUCUUGAUUUUAUUUCAUAAACAUGACUUCUUUCUUCAAAAGUAAAGUGGUUUUCUAAUUUUUUAUGAAAUAAGAAAUAUACCAUUUUGUCUGAGUACAGCUUCAGGAAGCUAUUGAAAGUUCUGACUCAGGGCUUUUUAACAGUUAAAGCAAUUGUUAAGAUAUUUUGGAAACUCCAUCUGCAUAAUUCUUCAGUGCCUUGAUUAACUUGGCAACACUUAAAAAAACUUUGUAUUAGGCAACUUUCAGUGCACCAGUCAUGAUAUGCACGAUCCUAAUCAUACUGCUAAGCAUGUGCAAGAACACCUGCGUGUGCUGGGUUUGCACAAUUCUUUAAGGGACGUGUUCUACAUUUGCACUUGAUAGUUGCUUUUUUGAUUCUGUUUUUUUACAAACUGAUUAUUCAAGGCCAUGGCACUGUUACCAGAAAAAAAUGGUGUUUGCUCUCUAUAUGCAAGUCAUUUUAAACAGCUGUUGGGGAAAGGGCAGAGCUCGUACACUCUGUAUCCAGGGCGAAAGAAGAUCAGUUCAAAGAACAGAUCAUCUUUCUCUCAAGUGGAAACCAAACCAAGCCAAACCCUUUGUUUAAGUGGUUCAGUUAAAUAAUUAAUUGAAAGGAAAUCAUGAAUUGCAUGUCAUUCUUAAUGCUGAUCUGUAGACUAAAUGCAUGUUUUUCUGUCUCCUUCAGUAUGUGUCUGCCAUUCUAAGUACAGUAUAUUCAAAUGGUAGAAAAAAAGCUGACUCAAAUGUUUUGCGCUUUGUAAUUUUUCCAGUUCUUUUUAGCUUUCAAUGUUGGAAUAAACUUAAGUCUUGUUUAUGGAUAAGAUUUCUGUAUGGAAAAAUGAUUCUUGCUUAUUAGCUUUUGUUUAAGAAAAAAGCUUAGUAAAAACUAAGCUUUUAUAAAUAAAUGCAAACAUUUACCAUUAAUAAAAUCUGUGGUGUAAUAUGUUUUUCUCUGA